AUGGCCUUGAAACCCGACAACCCCUGCGGUGGGUUCCGGCAUGCCAGGGUGGUGGCCUUCGUCAACGAGAAGAUGGCCAACCACGAGAAAGGCCCUGAGUUCUACCUCAAGAAUAUGUCCCUGUCCUGGGAGGAGGUGGAAGACAAGCUCAAGGACAUCCUGGAGGACGAAGAGAUGUCCAGCCAGGCCAAGGAGGCCUGUACCUGGGGCGGCCUGGCCCUAGGCAUGCGCUUCGCCUGCAGGCAGGAGCAGGAACAAGGGCACAGGGUGCAGAGCUUGCAUGACAGCUCCAAACUGCACAGGUCGACCGCGGAGGCCUUGGCCUCAGACCUGACGGAUCUCACGGUGCAGCAGGAGAUGGAGCAGAAGGAUUCGGCCUUACGGCUGCAGACGGCUCAGGCCAACCUCGCCGAGGUGCUGAAAGAGCAGGGCGUGCUGAGAUGGAAGCUCCUUCAGGCCGCUGGAACAGACGGAGCACGUAAGGAGGAAGAGGCAGCGAUGACGGUUGCUGCAGGUGCUGCUGAAGGAGGAAGAGGAGAGCAGAGGGGUGCCGAGGCAGGGGCUACCUUCACAGAGGCUGCACAGGAGCGGGAUGGAGGCUCCCUGCAGCUUCUCGGAGAUACGGAGAAAAAUUACACCUCUGGAGGCCAGAGGGAGGGAAAUCUCAGGUCAGCAGAAACAGCCAUGUUUUCUUCCUCUGGGAUCCAGGAGCCCCAGGCCAACACCUCACUGGAGCCCUUUCCUGUCCAGCUCCCUGCUUCAUUCACAUACUCAUACUCAUGGCCUUUGUCCCCCUUCUCAGCUGGACCCAGUCUAUCCCCACCAGUAGCAAUGGUCACAGCACCACAUCCCCUUCAGAUGCCUCCCUAUUGGGGGGCCUGUGAUACUAGCCUGUGGUCUGGUGUGGCAUACCAGGGAAUAGACCCUCAAGAACUCCAAAGAGACAGGAGAGACUAUGAACCCCAUCACCAGAGAACUCCAGUAUUUCGCAGGCCCGGAGACUGGGAUUGCCCUUGGUGUAAAGCCGUGAAUUUUUCAUGGAGGGAAAUUUGCUUCCGCUGUGGGAGGGCAAUCUGGCUGCAAAGCCCUCAGUGAAUUCAGAAAUGUGAAAUAGAAGGGAAAUAUAUCGC